AUGUUGGGGACGGCUUUGCAAUUUGGAGGUGUUCGUGGUGAUGAUCGACUUUACAUUCCGGUGAAGGCAAGGAAGAACCAGAUUCAGCGUAAACCGGUUCAGAGAGAGAAGGGUGGUGAAACUGAGAGUGCUGAUUCAGUUUCAAAGAGAGAACUUGUUGCUUCUGAGAAUGAAAAUCUCAAUAAGUCUUCGUACUUGUUGAGCAAACCAUCUUCUUGCCCUUCUGUAGAGCAUGCUAGCAACAUUGAUAGGUUUCUGGAGUCCACAACUCCUAUAGUCUCUGCACAAUAUUUAGCUAAGACAACAAUGAGAGGUUGGAAGACUUGUGAUGUGGAGUAUCAAUCUUACUUUACCCUUAAUGAUCUCUGGGAUUCGUUUAAGGAGUGGAGCGUAUAUGGAGCAGGAGUCCCUCUGGUGCUUGAUCAAAGACAGGCUGUUGUCCAAUAUUAUGUUCCUUAUUUGUCAGCUAUUCAAAUAUAUGGUCAAUCAGAUAAGAAGUCAAAUGCUAAGCCAAGGUACAUAAGUGAAGACAGCGAUGGUGAUUACUACAAAGAUUCAAGCAGUGAUGGAAGCAGUGACAGUGAAUUUGGAAAAAGGACUGAACUUUUUAUAGCGCAAAGAAAUGGUCAAUAUCAUAGAGGUGAUGCUUCGGUUCAAAUGAGCAGGCUAUCUGUGCAUGAUAAGCACAAUAGAAUGCAAGAGGGAUUUUCUAGUGAUGAUAGUGAAACUGGGAAUCCUCAAAAUCUUCUUUUUGAGUAUUUUGAUCACAAUCCUCCUUAUAGUCGUGAACCACUGACUGACAAGAUACUUGAUCUUGCAAGGCACUAUCCUAACCUCAAGUCACUGAGAAGUUGUGAUUUAUUGCCAAUUAGUUGGAUGUCUGUAGCAUGGUAUCCUAUAUAUCGAAUACCCACCGGUCCAACGUUAAAAGAUUUAGAUGCUUGCUUUCUUACAUACCAUACACUCCAUACGCCCUUGACAGGAAAUGGAGGUACUCAGGGUCCAAUUUUGAUUUAUCCAAAUGACAUGGAUGGUGUACCAAAAAUUUCCUUACCAACUUUUGCAAUGGCUUCUUACAAGUUAAAGGGAUCUAUGUGGACACAAAAUGGAGUUAGUGAGAGUCAGCUAGCAAAUUCUCUCUUGCAGGCUGCAGAUAACUGGUUAAGGCUGCUUCAAGUGAAUCACCCUGAUUAUCAGUUCUUCAAAUCACAUGGCACAUACCACAGACUGAUGGAGUUGGCACUUGUAAUGUGGAUUCCUGUUCCUGUUACACAUGCUCAAGUAGCACAAAAGAUGAGGUGGUCUCAGGUCAAAAUUGUGAAACAUGGAGUGUGUGAAUUGGAGCGGCAACGGUCCCACCCAAUGAAGUAUUGUUCAGUUUUCAUAUUGAUGGAUGUAAAGAUGUGUAAGAUGACUUUGAAAACGCCUGGAACACCAGCUUCGAAGAUAGAUAGGACACCGGUAUCAACUCCAGGAGGGCCAAGAGCUAGGGAAGAGAAGAUUGUGGUCACAGUAAGGCUGAGGCCUUUGAACAAAAGGGAGCAAUUGGCUAAAGAUCAGGUGGCAUGGGACUGCGUCAAUGAUUAUACUAUCGUGUAUAAACCACCGGCACAUGAACGUGCUGCUCAACCAGCGUCGUUUACUUUUGAUAAAGUUUUUGGUCCUGCUUCAGUAACAGAGUCAGUAUAUGAAGAAGGAGUAAAGAAAGUCGCAUUAUCUGCGUUAACUGGCAUCAACGCCACAGUUUUUGCUUAUGGACAAACUAGCAGUGGAAAGACGUACACAAUGAGAGGCAUAACAGAGAAGGCUGUCAAUGAUAUCUACGAGCACAUUAUGAAUUCACCUGAAAGGGAUUUCACCAUAAAAAUAUCUGGACUAGAGAUAUACAAUGAGAAUGUAAGGGACUUGUUAAAUUCGGAAUCUGGUCGCAGUUUGAAGCUUCUCGACGAUCCCGAGAAAGGAACUGUGGUUGAGAAAUUAGUGGAAGAGACAGCAAAAGAUGACAAGCAUUUGAGACAUUUGAUCUCCAUUUGUGAAGCUCAAAGGCAGGUUGGCGAAACUGCUCUAAAUGAUAACAGCUCGCGGUCUCACCAGAUAAUAAGACUGACAAUUCAAAGUACUCUUCGUGAAAAUACAGAUUGUGUGAAAUCUUUUGUCGCAACCUUGAACUUUGUUGAUCUUGCUGGAAGUGAGAGGGCUGCACAGACACAUGCAGAUGGCACUAGGCUGAAAGAAGGCUGCCAUAUUAACCUUAGCUUGAUGACUCUUACAACUGUUAUCAGGAAGCUCAGUGUUGGGAAAAGAAGUGGGCAUAUACCUUACAGGGAUUCAAAACUAACGCGUAUAUUGCAACAUUCCCUCGGUGGGAAUGCACGCACUGCCAUAGUUUGUACUUUGAGUCCAGCACUGACUCAUGUAGAGCAAUCACGAAACACUCUCUUGUUUGCUACCCGGGCAAAGGAAGUAACAAAUAACGCUCAAGUUAACAUGGUUGUAUCAGAUAAGCAGCUUGUUAAACAUUUACAAAAGGAAGUUGCAAGGCUUGAGGCAGUGUUGCGCACUCCUGAUCCCUCCAAUGAAAAGGAUUGGAAAAUUCAACAGAUGGAAAUGGAAAUUGAAGAGCUGAGGCGUCAGAGAGAUCUUGCACAAACUCAGGUGGAUGAAUUACGCAGAAAGCUUCAGGAUGACCCAAAGGUCUCCAACCCAGUUGAGUCACCACAUUUGCCGGUCAAGAAGUGCCUCUCAUUCACCGGUGCACUGUCAUCGCUAAAACCAGAGCCAGGAUGCGAGAGAGUAAGAAGAUCAACUUUAAGACAGUCGUUGAGGCAGUCAUCUGCUGCUCCUUUUACCCUAAUGCACGAAAUUCGAAAGCUUGAGCAUCUCCAAGAGCAGCUAGGUGAAGAAGCCAAUAGAGCUUUGGAAGUAUUACAAAAGGAAGUGGCGUGUCAUAGACUAGGUAACCAAGAUGCAGCUGAGACAAUUGCCAAACUGCAGGCAGAAAUAAGGGAAAUGCGUUCUGUUAGGUCAACAACACCCAAGGAGGUUGAAGUUGGAAGCAUGGUUUCAAUCAAUAAGAGUGUCAGUGCUAAUCUCAAGGAAGAGAUUACCCGACUUCACUCACAAGGCAGCACCAUUGCAAAUCUUGAGCAGCAGCUUGAAAAUGUUCAAAGGUCCAUAGACAAAUUGGUGAUGUCUCUCCCGAAUAACUUUCAACAUUCACCCAAUGAAGCAUCCCCUAAGCAUAAAAAGGAACAUAGGAGGAAGAAGUUGCUUCCUUUGUCUUCAAGCAAUGCUGCCAAUCGCCAAAAUUUUCUAAGAUCUCCCUGCUCACCAUUAUCCACUCCUCAGCAAGUUUUGGAAUCUGAUAUUGAAAAUAAAGCUCCAGAGAAUGAUGAUAUUAUUUCCACUGAUACUCUGCCUGAGUCUGAGAAGGAGACUCCAACAAAGAGUGAAGAAGCGGGAGAUGUUUCAUCGAAGGAAAAUACACCGGGUUAUCGACGCUCUAGCUCAGUUAACAUGAAGAAAAUGCAGAAAAUGUUUCAGAAUGCAGCAGAGGAGAAUGUAAGAAGUAUAAGAGCAUAUGUGACAGAAUUGAAAGAACGUGUAGCCAAACUGCAGUACCAAAAGCAGUUACUUGUUUGCCAGGUGCUUGAACUUGAAGCAAACGAAGCAAAUGGUCACAACAUCGAAAACGAAGAGUACCCGUGUGAACCGGAGGAACCCCAGGUUUCUUGGCAGAUAACAUUCAAAGAGCAAAGGCAGCUGAUCCUUGAAUUAUGGGAUCUAUGCUAUGUCUCCAUCAUCCAUAGGACCCAGUUUUAUUUGUUAUUCAAGGGAGAUCCAGCUGAUCAAAUAUACAUGGAAGUAGAACUAAGGCGUUUGACAUGGUUGCAACAACAACUAGCCGAACUUGGGAAUGCAAGCCCAGCUCCUCAUGCUGGGGAUGAACCUAUUAUCUCAUUGUCAUCAAGUAUGAGAGCUUUGAAACGAGAAAGGGAAUUUCUGGCCAAGAGACUGACAUCACGUCUGUCGUUGGAGGAGAGGGAAGCAUUAUAUAUGAAAUGGGAUGUCCCUCUUGAUGGGAAGCAGAGGAGGAUGCAAUUUAUCUGCAAACUUUGGACUGAUCCUCAUGACCAAGUCCAUGUACAGGAGAGUGCUGAAAUUGUUGCAAAGCUUGUGGGUUUCCGAACAGGACGCAACAUGUCAAAGGAAAUGUUUGAGCUGAACUUCGCGCUUCCAUCGGACAAGAGGCCAUGGUUAAUGGGCUGGAAUCCCAUUACAAACUUGCUUAAUUUGUAA